AUGAAGUUCACUGCGACCAUCCUCGCCCUCGCCGCCACGGCUGUUGCCCUUCCCCAGAUCGGCCACGGUGGUGACCACGUCCAAAAGGGCGCCCAGGGUGACGGUACUGGCAACGCCAACGGUGCUACUGGCAACGGUGCCGGCAACGGCAUUGGCAACCAGGGCAACAGCCAGACCCGCUUCCGCGCCCCCGAGGACAUGACCGUCCAGCAGGCCAGCAAGAAGUGCGGUGACAACAUGCAGCUCUCCUGCUGCAACAAGGAGACCGCUGCCGGUGACACCACCGACAUCCCCGACGGCCCUCUCGCCGACGCCCUCAAGGGUGUCCUCGGCGGUGCUGGCUCCGGCUCCGAGGGUCUCGGUCUGCUCGAGCAGUGCGGCAAGCUCGAUAUCAUCCCGAUCAUCAGCGACCUCAUCAACAAGCACUGCGAUGCCAAGGCUGCUUGCUGCCAGGACAGCGGCUCCAGCGCCGACAACUCCCUCAUCGGCCUCAACCUGCCUUGCAUUGCUCUCACCUCCCUCAUCUAA